AUGAACAGAGCAGCCGCAAAUUUACUUAGCUCAUUCAUGACGAAGAGCCGUCAACAAGCAAUGGAAACAUUUGUUGUAUACAAACGAAGAGGCCUUAUUAGAAGAGCUCAGAACUUGAUCGAAAACAUCGAUAACGUCGUUACUUGCAUCAACUUGGAUCGCGGACGAGAUCCUUCCUUGUUCAAGAGUAGCAUGUCGGCGCUAUCCAAACUGAACUUGUGGGAAAACGAGUUCAGAGAGGCAACGAAUGACAAAGAUAUGCCGGACAUCAUAUCGGCUGCGAGGUUUCUCUUGGAGAACCAAGGCUUGCUGAUGGAUGAAAUUGACAAUAGUGACAGAGCAAAGAGACAGUUGCUUCCGACAGAUAUUAUCGCAAUAGAUAGUGAUGAAGAAGAAGAAGAUGAUUUUGAUGAUCUACCAGAUAUAUUUGGUCCGACUUUAAUGAGAACGCCUACGUGUACUUUGAAAUCAAAAAGUCCCGUAAAAGGCAUCAAAGGACUGCAUAGGCUGAAACCGUACUCAAGGCCUACAUCAACUGUUACAAGUGCAAGCAGCACAAGCAGUACAUUGUCGGAAACGGCGUGGGAAAAGAGGGAAAAUGAGAUGCUGGUGGCUCAUCAGAGAGAACUGUCUAAAGCUAAGCAAGAGCAACCCUGGCCGUCCUGA